CCCACCAAUGAUGAGCAUAGUUGUACAGCCAUGGCACGGUUUCGUUUAGUCUUCGGCCUUUUAGCCCUUCUCGCUGUGGCGCAAGCCUACCACGAUCGCAACAGGCGUUACUCCGGCAUAGGUUUUAACGGAGGUGCGGCUGCUGCCAGUUCCUCUAGCAGUUCAUCCUCAAGCUCCUCGAGCGGUUUUGGAAGCGGCACUCACACCAAAACCGACACUCAUGCUACAGGCGGCGCUACAGCAGACGCCAAAGCCACGGCUUUAGGAGGUGGCGGUGGUAUCGUCUUUGGUGAUGGCGGUUAUGGCGGCAGUGGAGUUGGUGGCUAUGGAGGGCAUCAAGGAGGCGGUGGUCUUGGAGGACAUCAAGGAGGAAAUGGUUUUGUAGGAUAUCAAGGAGGCGGUGGGCUUGGAGGACAACAGGGAGGAAGUAGUUUCGUAGGAUAUGAAGGAGGCGGUGGUCUUGGAGGACAUCAAAGCAGUGGUAGUCUUGGAGGACAUCAAGGUGGCGGCGGUUUCGGUAACACUGGCGGUUAUAGUACAGUAGGUACUGGAUCUGGUGCCAAUGCUGUUGCUACAGCUAAUGCCAAUGCUAAUGCUGCUGCCGGUAGUAGUGGGUUUGGGUCAAAUUAUGGAUCAGGUCAGGGCGGAGCUGGCUAUGGAGGCCUUGACGGUAGUGGUGUCGGCCAUGGUGUAGAAGGCCAUAGUACUGGAUUCGAUAGUGGUCACUCUAACACUGUGGUCCUUGGUAGUGGACACAGUACCGGAGGUGGUUAUGGCGGUGGACACAGUACUGGAGGUGGUUAUGGCGGUGGACACAGUAUUGGAGGUGGUUAUGGUGGUGGACAUGGAGGAGUUGGAGGUGGAUUAGGUGGUGGACACGGCGUUGGAGGUGGAUUAGGUGGUGGACACGCUACUGGAGGUGGAUUCAGCAGUGGGCACAGUAAUGUUGGUGGAUUCAGCGGUGGUCACAGUAAUGGUGGUGGAUUCAGCGGUGGUCACAGUAAUGGUGGUGGAUUUAGCGGUGGACACAGUAAUGGCGGUGGAUUCGGCGGUGGACACAGUAAUGGCGGUGGAUUCAGCGGUGGACACAGUAAUGGCGGUGGAUUCAGCGGUGGACAUGGUGGUGGUCAGUCCCCUGGUUUAAUUGUCGGUGGCGCACACCAAGGUCAUGGACCCAUUAUUGGAAAACAUGGUAUCGCCGGAAGUAAUGCUGGGGCAUCUGCUAAUGCUAAUGCCGCUGCUAAUGCUGGUGCUGCAGCCAGUGGUUUCGGUGGGUCAGGUGUCGGUGGAUAUUCUGGUGAUCUUGGCGGAGGACAUGGAGCUCUUGGGGGUGGCUCUUAUGGUGGACAAGGUGGAUACAACGGAGUAUUUGGUGGUCAUGGAGGUGCUCUUGGAGGUGGUUACAAUGGAGCGAAUACUGGUGCGUCAGCUAACGCAAAUGCUGUUGCCACAGCCAGUGCCAGUGCUGGCGCCGGAAGUUUUGGAGGUUUUGGAAAUGGUGGAUAUGGAGGAAAUGGUGGAUAUAGCGGCAACGGAGGCUAUGGUGGUAGUGGUGGAUAUGGCGGCGGUUUGGGGGGAAGCGGAGCUACUGCUAAUGCUAAUGCCAAUUCUCAUGUAGGAGGUGGAGGCUUUACGUCUGGACUCUUUUCUUCGCGGAUAAAUGCUGACGACGAGUCUGAAGUCAAGGAAAAAGGAACCGUUGAAAAAGCUCAGGGUGUAUUCAGUAGUAGUAGUGCCAAGAUUGACUCGACGGGCAAGGGAACGUAUGAAGUUUCAGCUGGAAAAAUUCCUGCAUAAAGUUCAUAUACUGCUAUUUUCAAAAUUGAAAAAUAAAAAAAAAAUUGUUUAGCCUCGCUAAGUGAGAAAAUU